GGGAGUAUCCCCACCGCACUACAUCCUCGGGCGGGCGCGCGCGGACACACGGACACACUCACACGCACACACCCACAUACCCCGCCACACUGCAUCCUCGGGCCGGCGCGCCUGGACGGACACUCACUCGCUCACCCACCCACCAACCCACCUACGCUUUCGCAAACAGCUCCAAACCUUCCAACUGCGGAAUUCCCUCUCUGAAGUUGGUUUCCAGCCCAGCACAGCCGUGACCCUGGCUUUUCUCUAAUCCUAGGAAGGCUCUGGCCUCUGUGAACUCUGCUUCUCCAGGCAAGUAAACCCCAAAGAGGACUGACCAGUUCUUGAAUUUCUAAACCAUGGCCCAUGGAUCAGUGAUGUUCAGUGAUGUGUCCAUCGACUUCUCUCUGGAGGAGUGGGAAUUCCUGAAUUUGGAACAGAGGGAUUUGUAUAGAGAUGUAAUGUUAGAGAACUACAGCAACUUGGUCUCAUUGGGAUGCUUCAUUUCUAAACCAGAUGUGAUUUCCUUAUUAGAGCAAGGAAAAGAGCCCUGGAAAGUAGUGAGGCAAGGAAGAAGACAAUAUCCAGAUUUAGAGACCAACUAUGAGAUCAAGAAGUUAUCUUCAGAAAAUGACAUUUAUGAAAUAAACUUAUCCCAGUGGAAAAUAAUGGAAAGAAUUAAAAACCAUGGCCUUAAGAGCUUCAUUUUAAAAAAUGAUUGGGAGUCCAAAAGAAGAUUUGAAGGACAAGAGGAAUAUUUCAACCAAGUGAAAAUCACAUCUCAAAAAAUGUCCCCUUACCAAAAACGCUCAUCUCCUUCCUCACGUCAGAGAAUUCAUUAUGUCGAGAAACCCUAUGAAUGUAAGGAAUGUGGGAAGGCCUUUAGAGUACGCCAACAACUUACAUUUCAUCAUCGAAUUCAUACUGGUGAGAAACCUUAUGAAUGUAAGGAAUGUGGGAUGGCAUUUAGACAGACAGCACAUCUUACUCGACAUCAGAGACUUCAUUCUGGUGAAAAACUCUAUGAAUGUAAGGAAUGUGGGGAAUCUUUCAUGUGUGGCCCAGAACUUAGAGUACAUCAGAAAAUUCAUAUUGGUGAGAAACCCUAUGUAUGUAAAGAAUGUGGGAAGGCCUUCAGAGUUCGUGGACAACUUACUCUCCAUCAGAGGAUUCAUACUGGUGAGAAACCCUAUGUAUGUACAGAAUGUGGGAAAGCCUUUAGGCAAUAUGCACAUCUUACUCGACAUCAGAAGCUUAAUAUUGCUGACAAACUCUAUGAAUGUAAAGAAUGUGGGAAGGCCUUUUUGUGUGGGUCUGGCCUUAGAGUACAUCACAAACUUCAUACUGGGGAGAAACCCUAUGAAUGUAAAGAAUGUGGGAAGGCCUUUAGAGUACGACAACAACUGACACUCCACCAGAGAAUUCAUACUGGUGAGAAGCCCUAUGAAUGUAAGGAAUGUGGAAAGACUUUUAGUCGUGGUUAUCAUCUUAUUCUUCAUCACAGAAUUCAUACUGGUGAGAAACCUUAUGAAUGUAAGGAAUGCUGGAAGGCGUUUAGUCGUUACUCACAACUUAUUUCACACCAGAGUAUUCAUAUUGGUGUUAAACCCUAUGACUGUAAGGAAUGCGGGAAGGCCUUUAGACUACUCUCACAACUUACACAACAUCAGAGUAUUCAUAUUGGUGAGAAACCCUAUAAAUGUAAGGAAUGUGGGAAGGCCUUUAGAUUGCGCCAAAAACUUACUCUACAUCAGAGCAUUCAUACUGGUGAAAAACCUUUUGAAUGUAAGGAAUGUAGGAAAGCCUUUAGACUUAAUUCAUCUCUUAUUCAACAUCUGAGAAUUCAUUCUGGUGAGAAACCCUAUGAAUGUAAGGAAUGUAAGAAGGCCUUUAGACAACAUUCACACCUUACCCAUCACCUAAAAAUUCAUAGUGUAAAAAUAUGAGAAUGCCUUGUCAGUCCUGUGUUGUGGAACAGUCUGUGAAUGUAGUAAUUAGUCCCUUUUGCUUCAUUCAUGCACCUGACUUGGCAUAAGGGGGCUUAUAUCAUUAACAGAAUGUGUUAAUUUAAUGUAUUCCACCAAGUCAGAUCUUAGAAUAUUCCCAUUCAUUCUACAAACUCAUCUUAUUAAUGUAACAGAUGUGGGGAAGACAUCAUUCUCUCUAGCCCAUCACUUUCCUACUUGUGUUAUAUUGAACAAGAUGCUUAACUGCUCCAUACUAUAAUUUCUUCAUUUGUAAAAUUAUAAUACUGUGGCAGAGUAAAAAUUGCUGCAAAUUCUUUGACACUUCACCCAUCAAGAGGUAAAAUCCACAUGCUUUCUCUGUGAAUCUGGGUUGACUGACUGCUUUGAGCAGUAGAAUAGUAGAAGUACUGCUGUGCUAGUUUCUGGGCCCAGAUUUUACCGGUAGAUUUUACCUCAUCUCUUGGAAUACUCUCUCAAGUUGAGACCUUAAACUGUUAUAUUAAAAAGUCUGGCUACUCUGCUAAAGACACCACAUGAAAAGGCCCUGAGACUACAUAGAGAAGGAGAGGCACUCUGCUGUGCCAUCUUCCAGAUAUGCCCACGAAAACACCAGAUAUUUGAGUAAACAGUUUUGGAUGCUCCAGACCAGCAUCAGCUGAGUUCCUACAGGUGACCUCAGUUGAUGCCAUGUAGAACAAAAAAAUUGACCAGCUGAGCCCCUGCCCAAAUUCCUGACCCACACAAUCAUGAGAUACAAUGGUUGUUAUUUUAAGCUACUAAAUUUUGUUUUAUUAUGUUACUCUCUUGAAAAUCCAUAUGAAAGACUAUGGGCACAAUGAAUAUAGAAAUGCCUUCUAUCAACACUCAUCAGUUAUUGAAUGUCAGAUAACUUAUUCGUUUUUUUUUAAUAUUAUUUAUUUAUUUAUUUAUUUGGCUACCCCAGUUCUUAGUUGCAGCAUGUGAGCUCUUGUUGUGGCAUGUGGGAUCUAGUUCCCUGACCAGGGAUCAAACCUGGGCCACUUGCAUUGGGAGUGUAGAGUCUUAGCCACUCGACCACCAGGGAAGUCCCAACUUAUUCUUGUUAAAAUACUUGAAAGUAAGAAGUUCUUUUUCAAUUUGUUCAUAAAAAAGAAGAUAUUCUAGGGACUUACCUGGUGGUCCAGUGGUUAAGACUCUGCACUUUCACUGCAGGGGAAGCUGGUUCCAUCUGUAGUCAGGGAACUACGUGCUGUACGGCAUGGCCGAAAAAACCCCAACAAGCAAAAAAGAGAAGAUAUUCUACAGUCAUAUUCUCUGCCUCAGUAUAAAUUUUAUUUAAAAUUAACG